CACCGUUCAGUUUGAUCACGAUACUCGCGCCCGCUAAGUGUGAUCAUUUGCCGGUGAAAAUUCACGAGCACGCGUGCAAUUUGACACAUCACUGAUUGGGGGUGGGAUGAAGUUACACGAAUCGUAUGAAUCAAUUUCAUAAAUACCCAUCGAUAUUCGAAUCUAGUGAUACAUAGUCAUCCGGUGAUAAGUUAUACUGUGAAUGGAAUAUCUUAUGUGUAAAUCCGUUGUUCUAUGCGAAGGAUUGUGUGAUUCUGCAGAGAGAAAAACGCUGAUCCGUGCUGUUACGACCGGUAUGAAAAUAACUUGGUCGAGAACACUAUGGAAGUUGGCUUAAUAAAACCGAACUCACAAGAAUGACGCUUUGAACUCAGUCAAAUUAGUGACGCGUCAAGAGGGCUUUCCAACGAAAUAAUUCAUUCGUCCCGGAAAUCAAAUCAUAAAAUUGUCUGGUGGUGAUUUCGAAUUCAGACUGGAUGCCGACGAAUACCAGAAAUAUCGGAGGUUGCUAGACGCACUCAUCUUUUGUUGUGACGCAAUCGCAAGUUUUUGGGAGGAGGAAAACCGCGAAUCAAACUCAACAAUUUAGACGCCGUUCCAACUAAUAACAAAAAAAAAAUGAUCAAUUGAAGGCCUCGAAUAUAUUCUGUUCGUUGGGAUUUCGACGAGAGCAGUAGCUAAACAUACCCACAUUGGACUUUACAAACCAAGAAUAGUGAUAACCGAAUUCUGGUGUAUGAUCAUAGCUUGCUCAGCUUUUUAUUCAUUUUCGUCGGUAAAAAAUCUAAUCCAAGCAAAUGAAACGACGGGUAAAACGAACGGAGAGAAUGUAGCGCGUCAUAUCGUCCAGACUGCGACAGGCGUGUCAAUUUGAAGCGGGUGAAGAUGCUGCAGCGAAUGACGAAGCCCGAAGCGCGAUGAUGGUGGCGAUGAACGCGAGUCUCUGCGCGGAGGCGGCGGGAUCUCCAUCGAUGGCCGACGACGUAAGUCGGGAGCCCUGCUCAGCGCCGGCACCCACCCUCACCGAGGAGCGGCUCAUCCGCUCGGUCAUCCUCCUGGCCAUGGCCCUCGUCUCCUACACCUCCAACGUCUACGUCCUCAUCGCCCUCAAGUUCUCGCGAUUCAAGCCCAAGUCCAAGUCCAUGGCCUUCCUCCAGUUCCACCUCUCCAUCGCCGACCUCCUCGUCACUAUCUUCUGCUUGACAGGGGACUCAAUAUGGGGACUGAGCGUCCAGUGGAAGGUGGGGAACGCACUUUGCAAGUUUUUCAAGUUUGGUCAAAUGCUAAGUUUGCACCUGUCAACGUUCAUAUUGGUUCACAUCGGAAUCGACAGGUUCAUGGCUGUCCGAUAUCCAAUCAGGUCAAUCUCAAAAAAUACUACAUCUCGAGCUAUAUGUGGCAUUUGGAUUUUGAGCACUAUUCUUAGCCUGCCUCAGAUUUUCAUUUUCCGGGUAACAAAAGGGCCGUUUAAUGAAGAAUUUUACCAGUGCGUUACUCAUGGAUUUUACCAAGAGCCAUGGCAAGAACUUGUGUAUCCUGUAUUUAAUAUAUUCACUAUGUUCGUCCUCCCAUUGGCUCUUCUUGUCAACUCAUACACUAAUACAAUCAUGAUUAUUGCAAGGAGUAGCAGAAAUAUCAGCGUUCCUAAUGGAGACCUAGUCGUGGGAAACGAGAAUAGGAGGCAGUUCUUGGAGCGAGCGAAGAUGAAAUCUUUUUGGAUGGCCACGGUUAUUAUUCUAGUCUUCAUAAUUUUCUGGACGCCUUACUACACCAUGAUGAUUAUACUGCUUUUCCUCAGACCCGACAGCCAGAUAGGUGAAAGACUAAAAUCAUGGAUAUUCUUUUUUGGCAUGCCAAUCAGCCUGGUGAACCCUUUCAUUUACGGCCUCACUCGACUUCGAAAACCAGAAUUUAAAAACCAGUUCAACAGCAGUGGCAGAUCGUGGACCAGCUGUAAUCAAACAAAAUUGCCCGAAAGCAGUUCAAUGCCGCCGGAUCAACACAAAGCACUGAUGUCUGACGAGGUCAGUUAGCUCCCCAGCACAAAGAGGGUCUUUUUAUUGGAAAAGUUUUACUCGCUUCAUCUGAGCGAAGAUUUAUCACUACUAAUAGAAAUCCACCCUGGACAACUGUUCUUUCUCUGGGCAAAACGUUUUCUCACAGCUCUAGCAGGGUUGCUCUUUACCUUAGAUUUUGGAAAUAUGCGCGGUACAAUUGGAUUACAUAUUGCAAUAAGGAACCACUAUAGCUGGCACUCCCAUGAAACCACAUAUCUGCAUGGGGAAACUAAUGACAUGUAUGUUGUUUCUAAAAAGGCCCAGAAAUAGUGGUUCCUUGUUGCAAAAUGUAGUCCAAUUAUCUCUUUUCGCGAAAAAUUGAGGCAGAGAUCAAUAAAAAAAACUCCUUUUAGAAUUAUAGAUAGAAUAUGUUUAAAAUCAUCAAGACCUAGAAGAAAAUGUUUCAAAGCAGAAAUUGGUGACGAUUUGUGAAAAACUCUUAUGGAAGUGACAAAAAAAAGUUGUAAAGUAUAUGUGAAUAUGUAAAUAAAAUGUUGCGACUAUUUAUUA